GCCUCGCGGCCGCCGUCGCCGCGGGCUGCCAGUCCAGGCAGGCGGUCUACUCGGCAGGCAGGAACAGAGGCAGAGGGCAGUCCCAGGGCGGCAUACGCCAGCAGCAGGAGGUGAAGGCGAACCGGGAAACCAGCCAGUUCUUCACCUACCAGAAACGCGUCAUGAGGAUAGGGCUGCCGCCGCGCGACGACACGUACUGGCGCCGGGAGGAGAUGAUGAUCUUCAAGUCCGCUCGCGUCUCCGCGGGGAUCAACUUCGACAUGUACGACAAGGUCGACGUGGACCGCCGCGGCGGGAAGGGCGACGAGCUGCCGUGCAAGUCGUUCCAAGAUGUGAUCAAGAGGUACGAGCUGGACGCGACCCUUGCGGCCAACAUCGACCGCUGCGGGACAAUCACAGGAAACGCAUGA